GCCGCUGGCCGUCCGCCCCGCCGCCUUCUGGGAGAGGAUGCUCCGGCUGGGCUGCGGACUAAGGCCGCUCGGGUUGGGACGUGGUGCUCCGGCCUCCGCUCGGUUAUCUGCAGGUGCUGAGAUGCCGAAAAAGGCUGGUGCGACGAACAAAGGGAAAAGCCAGAGCAAGGAGCCAGAGAGACCACUUCCUCCCUUAGGUCCUGUUGCAGUUGAUUCUAAAGGUUGUGUCACCAUAGCCAUCCAUGCCAAACCUGGUUCUAAGCAAAAUGCUAUAACAGAUUUGACAGCUGAAGCUGUAAGUGUAGCUAUUGCAGCACCUCCAUCGGAAGGAGAGGCAAACGCUGAACUCUGUCGGUAUCUUUCCAAGGUCUUAGAACUCAGGAAGAGUGAUGUGAUUUUGGAUAAGGGUGGUAAAUCUCGUGAAAAAGUGGUGAAACUUUUGGCCUCCACAACUCCAGAAGAGAUCUUGGAGAAAUUAGAAAAGCAAGUUGAACAAAAAUAAAAGAACCAAGGCCAAGGAAAGCCAGGUGGCUUGUCCAAGCCCACAGAAGACAUUAAUGGCAGCAUGGGUUAUGUUCAGCUGCCUUCUCUAAACCGUUAUACUGUACUACCUCCAGAUGUGCUCCUCUUUGACACGGUCUUGGCUUCAGAACUUUUUCUACUCUUUUCAACACUGUUCCACUGUGUGCUCUAAAGGCAUUGUACUGUGGUUUUUACAUGGAUUGCUGUUUGUUAGGAUACUUUCCUUCACAAGUCACAGAAACCCAACUCCAUGUUGCUUAAACAAUAAACGGAUUUGUCACCUCACAGACCUGGAAAGUCCCGACGCAGGGUUUCCUUCAGGGUUAUUUUGAAUCAACAGUUCAGUGAUGUCAUUAAGAACUCUCUUUUCUUCCCCAACUCUCUUCAGCAGUGCCACCUCCAUCCUCAGGCCCACUUCCUUCAUGGAGGCAAAAAGACAGGAGAUCCAUAUAUCACCCCCCCACCCCGCCCCAGUAGGAAGAAAGUCCACUCAGAAGAGCUGUGAAAAUUCUUUUCCAGCUUCUCCUGUGUCUCAGCCCAAAUUUGGCCAUGCAGUUUCUAAACCAGGCGCUGUUAGGGAAUGCCGUCCUAUAGCACAGGUUACUUACAGUGGCUAGAGAAAAGAGGAGAAUUACCCUCAUUUUUUCA